AGAAAAAAAUUGAUGGAAAUUUAUCCAACCAAGCGUUUGGGUGGACAGCAGAUCCCAACGUCGUCAUCUCACUCAAUUCAUUAACACAAUCCUUCAACUCCACACACACACACAGAGUCGAAUCCAACGAUGUUACUUACAACGACGCCGUUUGCCAAUGGGGGCCUCCCCUUCUCAGCACGCCGAUCAUCUUCCGCCAAUUCUCAUUCCUCUACUGCUUUCGAGUGGGGACUGCAAAGAAAGCAAAAUGAGGGAUUGUUUCCUCGAAGAAUAACGGGGCAAGCUAUCCGUGUCUUGGCAAAUCCAAAUGCAUCUUCAGAGAAAGGAAAAUCAAAAAAAGAAGUAAUCAUGGUCGAUCCUUCAGAAGCAAAGAGAUUAGCAGCCAAACAGAUGGAACUAAUCAAAGCAAAAGAAGAAUUCAAAAGAAGGCGACAAAUUGAAGCUAUUAAUGGUGCAUGGGCAAUGAUUGGUCUUACGGUAGGAUUAGUCAUCGAAGGUCAGACGGGAAAAAGCAUUCUAGCUCAGUUAGCCGGAUACUGGGACGCUAUCGUUGGAUUCAUUGUCAGAUAGGUUUCAGUAACAAGAUAUUUUUUACUGCUGAUACAUUAUCCUCGUGGAUCGUUUCAUUGGAAUUAUGCAGAUUUAUACACCAAUCUUUUCUGCUCCC